AUGGUACAAUUCUCCAACCAAGAUGGAAACAAGGAGGAAGCGGAGAAGGAAACCAGGGAAUUCAAUGGAGGAAAUUCCAAGCGCAAAUCUGAAAGUAAUUGGGAAGGCGGAGAAAUGACUAAGAAGAAGAAGAGGAAGUCAAAGGCGAAUGGUCAUCAUGGACAUCGAAGACAUAGUGUCAGCACCAAACCAGCCAGAGAUCCAAGAGAUGAGGCGGCAGACACUCCGGAAGAGACUCCUGUUGAGGUUUCGAGAAGUCCCAGUCCAGUCAUUGAUUUUGAUGGUUUGAGUCGGCCUAGCAAAGGCGCGCGAGAACGUCUUGACGAAUCUCCAGAACAAGCAGCUGUCCGCAUGUCAAAAUUGACAGGCGCAGUUCGCACAAUCCUCGAAUGCAUAGGUGAAGAUCCGGAUCGAGAAGGUCUCUUAGCCACCCCCGAGCGAUACGCAAAAGCAAUGCUAUACCUCACGAAGGGAUAUCAGGAAAAUGUCAGGGACAUUGUCAAUGAUGCAAUUUUCCAUGAGGACCACAAUGAAUUAGUAAUUGUCAAAGAUAUCGAGGUCUUCAGUAUGUGCGAGCAUCAUAUGGUUCCAUUCACUGGAAAGAUGCACAUUGGCUAUAUUCCAGAUCGAAAUGUCAUCGGUAUUUCAAAGUUACCACGAAUUGCAGACAUGUUUUCACGAAGGCUACAAAUUCAAGAGAGGCUCACCAAAGAUGUCGCACAUGCCGUUAUGGAAAUUCUCAAACCACAGGGCGUGGCAGUUGUCAUGGAAUCGAGCCAUUUAUGCAUGGUCAUGCGUGGGGUUGAGAAAACAAGUGCUACGACGAUUACGAGCUGUGUUCUUGGUUGCAUAGAAAAAAGAGAGAAGACUAGAAAUGAGUUUUUCAGCUUGGUGGGCUUGAAUAGAAGAUAG